ACAUUACCUCCUCCUCUUCCUCUCGUGACCUGUUGACGGCCCCCAUGCUGCCCUCCCCGCCCUGCACGUGUCCACCUUUAAUUAACCUUCAGGGCCUUGGGUGUGCACUUGGAGAGGCAGGACAGAGAAAAGAUAACACCUGGAACUGACGGAAGGUAAAGACAGAUGGUACAAGUGAGUCACGCCUGAAGAAGAAGGGUCAGCGCCGUGUCUGCAAGAGGAAUCUGUCAGUCACUCGCUUAUUUGGACACCAUGGGGAAGAUCAAGACGACGACGGUGAGGGAGAAGGAUCAGAAGGAUGAGCAGAUAUUUUUGGUGUCCAAGCUGAGCAGCCGAGAUGAUGGACAGGAUGAGUAUGACCACAACGAGGAGGAGGACGGGGAGGAGCAGGAGGCGGCCUCACAGGCACGGCUUCUCUCCGACAUGAUGAAAAUAACCAAGAAAAAAAUGGUACAGCAGGCCGUCCGCACCUCACUCAGCACCUCUGCUGCAGACACCAGUCACUUACUUGCUUCCCUGGGUCCCUCCGCUCUCAAGAAAGCCAAGCACAGCCACACCCUCCCCAUCACCCUGGAGAAGACUGUGGCUAAGAAGAUUAAGCGUGCAGCCGGGUACGAGAAUGUGGCAAUGGAGGCAAACAAGUGGGCCAAGUUGGUGAAGAUGAGACGGGAGGCUGAGCAGCUCCACUUUCCUCUGAGGGACACCAGCCUACAGGUCAAGGCAGUGGAUGAUGCAGAACCCUUGCAGAUGAGGCAGCCGCUGGAGAAGGAGGUCUAUGCUCUGCUGCAGGGGGCCAAGCUGGUGCAAGAGAAAAAGGAAACAGAGGAGGAAGAGGCGGUGCGCAAGGCCCUCUCGCUGGAGGAGAUACGAGAGCGAAACAGGGAGCUGUGGCGGCAGAAGGAGAUGAAACGUCGGUAUGAACAAAAGGCCAGACUGAUGAACAAGAGCAAGAGCAGGAAGCACCACCGACUGCUCCGGCGCGAGAGACUAAGGAAGCAGCGAGCGGAACUUGAGGAGCUGCAGAAGACUGACUCCGAGGCAGCGCUGGAACACCUGAGGGAGCUGGAGCAAGUGAGGAUUGAGGAGCGGAUGAGCCUGCGCCACAAGACUUCCAAGUGGGCCCACCUGCAAGGCUUUAGAGCCACCAAGGACAAGAAUGCAAUGGCAGCCCUGCAGGAGAACCAGCGGAUGCACCGAGAGCUGACGGCCAAGACAGCCAAGGCGGCGGACACUGAUGACGAGGAGGACUCUGAGGGUGAUGAUGCGCAGAAGGAGGGCGAGGGAGCAGUCGCAGACCCCUUCAACCCCUGGACCAAGAACCUCGCAGGGACCGCCAAGGAAAAGGGAAGCUCCCCCGCAGACGAAUCCUUCACGAGGUUCAAGAAGUUCUGGGAGGAGGUGAACCGGAGAAAGGAAACUGACCAGAAGAUUGAGGAAGAGAUGGAGAAGAAGAUGGAAGAGGAUGAAGAUAACAAAGAGGAAGAUGAUGAUAAGGCGGAGGAGGAGGAGGAAGUGAAAGAUAAUGAGGAAGAGGAGGAGGAAGGCAGUGAAGAAGAGGAGGAGGAGGAGGAGGAGGAGGGUGAAAUGGCUGAGGAAAAAGAACAAGAAGUGGAAGAGAGCAGAACAGAAGAGCCAUCACAAGAAUCACCUGGAAAUCCUAAUGAGAAAGAAUCAGAACCUCGUGACAACAGGGACACCGAAAGUAGCUCUAGAAAGCGAAAAAGGAACAAAAAGGCAAGAGAAACCAUAGAAAGUCUCGGCGACGUACCAGUCAGCGUCGACGAACUCCUCGACGAAGCUGAGGCGAAGAUCAAAAACAAAAUCCAGAAGAAACUUAAGAAGCUGGGAAUGAAGAGCAGUGAGCCAUGGAAGGACGUGAAGACAAAGAAGAAGACUAAGAAGAAGAAGCCCAAAACCGCCGCUGCCACUGAUGCUAUCGCGGAAAUACACGAAUUCGACUUCACUUCAACACGGACGCAGGAAAACAUAGAUGAGAAGGAAGGGAGAGCAAAGACGCUGGAAGAUUUAGAGUCACUUCAAGAGGAGAGUCGGGACAAACUUCAAGAGGCAGUACACACCCUGAGGAAAGGUUCUGAAGGCUCUACCACCACCACUACCACACAGUCUAAGGAGCCCAAACUUCAAGUCGACCCUAACAAGUUCCUUCAGGUGGAGGCCAAGUGGCUCGCAACGGCCCAGCCAGACAAUGUGGGUGAGGCGGGAGAGGCCUUGGACGAUGAGGAGAGAAACGAAGAAAAGGUGGAAGACAUCAUCCGAGAAGCCUUUGCCGAUGACUACCUGAUGGAAGAGUUCAGCUCCGAGAAGGCCGAGGCGAUCAAGAAGGACCAGCCGGGCAGCAUGAGUCUGGCGCUGCCUGGUUGGGGGGACUGGACGGGACCCAGCAUUAAGAUGUCCAACACCAAGAUGAAGAAGUUCAGGCUGAGGGUCCCGCACGCUCCCCGCAAGGACUCGCGCAUUGGUCAUGUCCUUUACAAUGAGAGGGCCGACGUCCACACCAACCUGCGCAAGACCAUGGUUAGUGACUUGCCAUACCCAUUCAAGAGUGUCAAGGACUUUGAAGCUUCAGUUCGGGCGCCAGUUGGUCGCCUCUUCGUGCCCGAGGCCGCCCACAAAAAGCUAAUAGCACCGGCCACUGUUACCAAGAUAGGCACAGUGAUCGAGCCCAUAACAGAGGACGAGCUGCUGCGCCAUGAUAUCCGGGCCAAAGGUGAGGGAAAACCAGACAAACCAGGUGGCGGAGGCGGCAAAUGGAAAGCCACCAGCGACGCAGCCAGUCAGAGAGGCCGAAAUAGGAAAGCAUCGAAGGUGGGAGCAAAGCGUUCAUAGGGAUGAUAUAUACAACUAAUUCUGGGUCCCUGGGUUGUCAUCCAUUUGUUUGUGAUCAGUAUCCAUGCCGUUAUUCAUGUCACUAAGAAAAGUAAGCAUAAAUUAUGAAGCUGAGAAGCAUUUGUUUAUCUUACCACAGCUAUGACUGUCUCAAAAUUUCAGUAAGUUGACUAGAAAUAUAUUUGACACACUGAAGACACAGGUACAGAAGAGGUUUGGAUACAGCUAAGACAAAUGGAUGUUCAGCCUAAAAGAGUAUGUAGUAUUUGGUAUUUUUUUGUAAUUAUUAAAAAUAUGAAUGUUGAUAACUAA